AUGGGAUCGCAAUUCAUAUCCGUAAAACUCGAUAGUCUCCCAGGGUCAAACGACUCUACACAAGGGUUUACUCCCUUUGCAGGCCAGGUUGUAGACUCGCUGGAAUCGUGGAAAGGUCAAUCUGUGAUUGGUCUGACUGGAAAAUGUACAAAAGUUACUGGAGACGUUCUAGAGAACCAGCCAAUUUAUCAAGUAACGACUCUGCCACCGCGUACAAGGGUGGAAAUGCAACUCAUGAUCUCAAAUCUAAAACCGCUAUUCACGGCACUCUUGUGUUUGUCUAUUCUUCACAUGGCAUUACCAUACUUAGGCGACUAUCUUUACAUUAGAUCAAGGGAAAAUGAGACUAUUGUCAUCUUGUCCGACUCGUGGGAAAACGCUCUCCCCUUUGUCCAGUGGAUGCUCCUCAAGAACGCUCAGAUUAUCGUAUGUAUACCCAAACACGAGGACGAAAGCGCCAAGAAAAUAGAGUGGAGUCGACAUGCAUUCUUCAAGCAUCCCUCAUUCAAGAGCAAAAGUCUUCAGGUAACUCUGAGAAGUGUGAAUGAUGACGAGAUUGCCGACAACGUCCUGAAAAUCACAAAAUACGGGGCAAGUGCUAUUCUAGUCUUGGGGGACGCAUUCAAAACUGAACAAGUAAAGAUCCAUAGACAGGUCCUUCUGGCGGCUGGUUUGGGCUCCAGAGUAGUUUGGUGCUCGAGAAUGGAACAAAUCGACCCGUGCGAGUGUGAUUGUCUCUUUGACAAGGGCAUCUCUUUGGGAUUCUUCAAUCUUGACUCAAUCUUGUCAACUGAGAGUCACAUUGGCAUCGUACAACAUGCAAUAAUAGAAACAGUCAACCACAUGGCAAAUUCGACUCUGUUUGUCUCAUAA